AUGUUUCUGAAAACUCCUUCAAUAGUCCUUCUCGCUACCGGGAUUGUGACCUUCAACCUCUUGUCGACCGGCAGCAUGGGCGAAUCUGUUUGCGCGAAUUGGUGGAAAAGUUUGCCCGCUGGUCAAAAACCACCUGUCAACGUUGCGUUGGCCCCCCAGAUAAAUAAAAAGGAGUCUGGUGCGAAACUACCCGGUCGGAUUAAUGGGAACCUUGCUGGACGUAAUACCACUUUUCUAUCACCAGGUGAUGGAGCAUGCGGUAUAACUUACACUAAUGAAGAUAAGGGUGCCUGUUUAUGGGGCGGGUUAAACUCAGUUGAACCAAUACCACAAGGUCAACAGUCUGGUUGGCUUACAGGAACAAACACCAAAAACUGUGGCAAGAAAUUAGGGAAACAUCGUGCCACAGGCAAAUUUCUAGAUUCUUGUUCACUUGAAGAGGACAAACAAAAGCUUACACUUGAUCAAGGCUGCUCUACGAUUUAUGUCACUCGAGCUAUCUUUAUUAAGCUUGGUGGAGAUCCUGGGGGAAUUGGAAGGAUUCAGAUUGAUAACUGGGAUUUGUGA